AUGACGACGCCCGAGAAGAAGCAGAAGUCCAUCGCCGCCUUCUUCUCGCCUGUCACCCGGGCAGCGGCGCCACCGGCUGCGGCGAAUCUCGUCGAGGCCAAGCCUCCAGCAGCAAUCGCAGCGACCAAGUCGACCGCUUCACCGAUGCAGAGCAAGCCGUCGACGCCGAAGCGCACCCCGAUCAAGAAAACAACCGAAGAGAGCGCAAAGCGAGAGACCACGGUUGCCGCUGUGGUAUCUCUCGCCACGGCUCCGCAGCCUGAACUGGCGGUUGCGACGGUCAGUAGCACACCACCGAGCCCCGCGGUAGCGUCGCCACCCAAAGAAAAAAAGCCCGCUCCGUCGACCUCGGGAUCGGCCAGUGCACCCAUCGAUGUGGCCAUGGACAGCGACGAUGCACCCGUGACGGCGACGAAGAAGCGCCGCUCGGACAAUGCAAGCGAAGCUAAGGUGCCUGCAAAGAAGCUCAAGGGCAAGGCGUCGAGACGCGAAGAAGAGAACGACCACGAUGAUACUGCCAGCGUCGAAAUUGUCGACGAGCCGCCUACGAAAGAGACGCGGAAGCGGACGCGGCCCGUGCGCCAAGCAGCCUUGGCGCCCAAAGUCGCCGAGCCCGUCGAAGUCGUGGUCGCGCCACCGACUCCCGUCGUCGUCUUGUCGCCGGCGCAGCAGCAGAAGCUUGAUUUGUACCUCUCCAAGCUCCACGACGCCGAGCGUGCGAUCCAAAGCGGCGACCCCGUCGCCCACGAAAUCUACGGCCUCGCACUCGACUCGCGACUCGAGUUGCAUCCAGCGCUCCAGGACGAGUGCACUAUCGCGCUAAGUUCUGAGAGCAGCGACGUUGCACCGGCGCUCAAGACGUACCUGGCGCGGUACGUGCAAGGCAGCAUGGACGCACUCUCGGUGCUUGUGAGUGGCAUCCGCGCUGCCUGGACGACCCUCGCGCCAGACCACGUCUUCAACAGCGCGACCGUCGAGAUGGAGAUCAAAGUCAUGGCCGAGCGCAUCGCGUAUGGCGCCAAGCCAAAGAAGUCCAACCUCUUUGAAGACACGACGACGCGCGCGCUGUACGUCUGGGAGGUCGGCAAACUCGACGGGCGCUUUGGCGACGACGACUCGGUCAAGGUCAUUCGCCGCAUGCGCAAGCAGCGAAAGCGCACAGGCGCGUACCUCAAGACACUCGACCGCAUCGUGGGCAUGCUGCAGGACGCCAAGGUCGACGACUCCAAGCUCAGCGUCGAGGAGGCAAAGGCAAGCAAGUUCCUCGUCUCGGUCGAGAUGGAGAAGCAGCGCGCGCUCGAGAAGGAGCAGAAGGCGACGCUCGCCCUCGAAAAAGAGGAGGCCAAGCGCAAGGAGAAGGAAGACGCGGCCGAGAAGAAGCGGUUGAAAGACCAAGCAAAGGAGGACGCCGAGGUGGCCAAGCGCCGACAGACGCUCGUCUCCUACUUCCAGCCGACGCCCGCCAAACCGACGGCCGUGCCCGCGCCACCGGUGACAGUUGAUCUCUCGAACGUCGACGCUGAUGCUGCAGCGCGGCUGCUUGCGAUGGACAAGGCUCUCGGGCUCUCGGGCUCUUCAGCGUCCGGCGACGUGGCGGCGGUCGCGGCUCUUCGCAAGCAGCGCGCGGUUAUCACACCUGGCAGCUGGUCCAGUCGCCGCGUGCGCCACCCGACACUCGGGAUCAAGAAGCUGCUGCAGUUCCAUGAAAACUACCGCCCCGCGUACUGCGGGACGUUCUCCAAGAAGACACGCGUGCUGCGGCGUGGUCGCAAGCCGCUGGCGCUCGUGCCAUCUCUCGACUACUCGAUCGACAGCGACGACGAGUGGGAGGAAGAGGAGGUCGGCGAAAGCCUCUCGGACCAAGACAGUGACGAAGACGCCGAGGACGGCGACGACGCACUCGACUAUGGCGACAAGUGGCUCGCGUACGAGGACGAGGUCGACUACGUGGACCGCGCACCGGACGACGAAGCUGCGACCGAGUCGCGCCACGUCAAGGUCUCGGACAUGCCCAAGGCCAGCAAGCUCACGAAGCUCGUGCCGCGGAUCCUCGGGCCUUACUACACACCGUCGACGGCGCCAGAGCUCACGGCCUUUCGCAUUGAGCUCCUGCACCCGAUCGUCCUCGAGUCGCCGCUGCUCAAGAAGAAGGCGCCUGCGGCCGAGCCAGAGCCAGUCCCGCCUAAGGUGACGCCGACCAAGGUCGUUGCCAAACCCACGCCCUCGACCAAAGCCGGCCUCACCACGUGGCUCCAAGCCGAGACGCCGUCGUCGUAA